AAGCGCACUAUAUUUGUACUUGACGAUAAUUUUUUUUCAGAAAGUGAUCAUUUAUAAUUCAGUUAGUGAAAUUAAUGGGAUAUUUAGGAUUAUUUGGAAUUCUUUUUCUGUUUUGCUAAGUUUUAAAUCUUAUAAGUACAUAUAAAAGUUAGGCUAUAUUUCUUUAUUCGAAUUGAACUUGUUUUCUUAUUGAUUUGGAUUGGAUUGCAAUUUUUUUUUAUUUUUCUUUUGAAAAGACAGCAAAUUAAGAACAAAUAUUGUGUAUAAUAUAAUCAGAGAAAAUGAACACAGAUACUAGGCCACUUCCAUUCGUUUAUCAAUUUGGAUCAGGAGCAAUUGCAGGGAUCUCUGAGAUCUUAUUAUUAUAUCCAUUAGAUGUUGUGAAAACUCGUAUUCAAUUACAAAUUGGAAAACCUCAAAUUGGGGCCAGUAGUACAUAUUAUACAGGAAUUAUUGAUUGUUUUACAAAGAUUGUUAGAAAUGAGGGCCCAACUAAAUUAUAUCGUGGAAUCACUGCCCCAGUAUUAAUGGAGGCGCCAAAGAGAGCAGUUAAAUUUGCAGCCAAUGACUCCUGGGGACAAUUUUACAGAAAGCAAUUUGGCGUUAAAGAAAUGAAUCAAUCGUUAUCUAUAUUGACAGGAGCAAGUGCCGGUGCUACAGAAGCAUUUGUUGUGGUGCCAUUUGAAUUGGUCAAAAUCCGAUUACAAGAUAAAAAUUCAGCAGGCAAGUAUAAAGGAAUGAUCGAUGUUAUUACCAAAGUAGUUAAGACAGAAGGUUUAUUGGCAAUGUACAAUGGGUUAGAGUCAACAUUAUGGAGACAUAUCGCAUGGAAUUCGGGUUAUUUUGGAUGUAUUUAUCAAGUUAAAUCGUUGUUGCCAAAACCUCAAAACUCAACAGAAAAAACUGCAAACGAUUUGAUUUCCGGUGCUAUUGGUGGAACAGUUGGUACUAUAUUCAAUACACCAUUCGAUGUUGUUAAGAGCAGAAUCCAAAAUACAGUAAAAGUGGCAGGCGUCACACCCAAAUAUAACUGGACCUUCCCAGCAGUGGCCACUAUCUACAAGGAAGAAGGGUUUGCAGCAUUGUAUAAGGGUUUCUUGCCCAAGGUAUUGAGGUUGGGUCCAGGAGGCGGUGUUCUAUUGGUUGUGUUCUCGCAAUGCAUGGACUUCUUUAGAACCAUCCACUACAAAGACCAAUGAUUUGGUGAU